UCGUGAAGAUAUCGCUUUUGAAACUACUCUUCCCGGGAAACUCUCCGGGCUAUCUGUCGAAAACCCAAACGAACCAAACAAAAACCCUCCUCCUAUUCCAACUCCCACUCCUUUUCUUUUUCCCUCUUUAUUCUUUUUCGCACGGUUCACGUUUCUCCAAGCGCUCACCACUCCAUAAUUCCUCUCUUUCCCUUCACUGUUCUAUCUUCUUUUCUGGUUCCCAGAAAUGGCGGCGGCUCUGCGCGUAUCCUGCUCCCCCGUCGCCGCCCGCGGCUCCGCGAAGCCCUCGCCGCUGGAUCCGGCCAUAUGUCAGCCCACGGCCGUCGGAUUGUCCUGCUGGAAGAGGCGGGCCUGUGGGCCCCUGUUCGCGAGGAGGCGGUGCGUGGCGGAGCGCAGCAAAGAGGACCCGCCGGUCCCCGUCCUCGCAGAAACAGAGGACGAGAAGACGCAGCCUGAUGGUGAUGCAGAAGUCUCAGUUUCUAGCGCUGCUGUUAUUGAUAAUAGAGAGGAAGAGGAAGAAGCUGAAGGCACUGAAGAAGAGGAGCAACCACAAACUAGAUUAACAUAUAAUAUUGUUUUUGUCACCGCUGAGGCUGCACCCUACUCAAAGACGGGAGGACUAGGAGAUGUCUGUGGUUCCUUACCUAUUGCUCUUGCAACUCGUGGUCAUCGUGUGAUGGUCGUGUCUCCAAGAUAUUUAAAUGGAGAUUCGGAUAAAAAUUUUGCUAAUGCAGUUGAUGUUGGAAGGCGCAUUAAAAUUCCAUGCUUCGGUGGAGAGCAGGAAGUUACAUUUUUUCAUGAAUAUAGGGCUGGCGUUGAUUGGGUGUUUGUCGAUCAUUUUUGUUAUCAUAGAGAUGGAAACCCGUAUGGUGACAGAUAUGGAGCUUUUGGUGACAAUCAGUUUAGGUUUACAUUGCUCUGCUAUGCAGCAUGUGAGGCUCCGUUAGUACUUCCAUUGGGAGGUUACAUAUAUGGCCAGAAUUGCUUGUUCCUUGUCAAUGAUUGGCAUGCAAGCCUUGUUCCAGUCCUUCUAGGGGCAAAAUACCGUCCAUAUGGUGUUUAUAAAGAUGCACGGAGCAUUCUUGUCAUACAUAACUUGGCACAUCAGGGGGUGGAAGCAGCAACCACAUAUCAGAACUUGGGAUUGCCAUCUGAAUGGUAUGGAGCUCUAGAGUGGGUGUUUCCCCCAUGGGCAAGGACACAUGCACUUGACAAGGGUGAGGCUGUCAAUAUUCUGAAGGGUGCAAUUGUGACAGCUGAUCGUAUAGUGACAGUUAGUCAGGGUUACUCUUGGGAGAUAACAACUGUUGAAGGCGGGCAUGGUCUCAAUGAGCUUCUUAGUAGUCGAAAGAGUGUACUGAAUGGAAUCACAAAUGGUAUUGAUGUUGAUGACUGGGACCCUGCUUCAGACAAAUUUAUCCCAUUUCAUUAUUCAAUCGAUGAUCUCUCUGGAAAGGCUCAAUGCAAAGCAGCAUUACAGAAGGAAUUAGGACUGGCCAUUAGGCCUGACUGCCCGCUGAUUGGAUUCAUUGGAAGAUUGGACUACCAAAAGGGCACUGAUCUAAUUAAGUUAGCUCUGCCUGAGCUUUUGCAAGAUGACAUCCAGUUCAUUAUGCUUGGAUCAGGGGACCCAGAUACCGAAGAUUGGAUGAGAUCUGCAGAGUCUACCUACAGAGAAAAGUUCCGUGGAUGGGUUGGAUUUAAUGUCUCUAUUUCCCACCGGAUAACUGCAGGGUGCGACAUUUUAUUGAUGCCCUCCAGAUUCGAGCCUUGUGGUCUAAAUCAGUUGUAUGCAAUGAGAUAUGGAACUGUACCGGUCGUCCAUUGCACCGGUGGCCUCCGAGAUACAGUGGAGGAUUUCCACCCCUUUGCUGAAGAAGGUAGUGGUCAGGGGUCGGGGUGGACUUUUUCACCAUUAUCAAAAGACAGCAUGUUGGGGGCACUUACGAUGGCAAUUGAGACAUUUCGAGAGCACAAGUCUUCAUGGGAGGGGCUGAUGAAGCGUGGAAUGUCGAGAGACUUCACAUGGGACAGUGCUGCUGCCCAGUAUGAGCAGAUCUUUGAAUGGGUUUUUGUAGAUCCUCCUUAUGUUGGAUAAGCAAACUCUGUUUCUUCCUGCUGUCCAUACUGGUUAUAUUCGGUGGCUCCUCGUCAACCAACUUGUUUUAUUCAUUUAGUAUUUUUUAAUAUUUUCUAAUUCAAUAGUCGUGACCAGAAGGUGGUAUUAGAAGUUAGGAAGGUUUUUUCUUAGAAUGGGUCAUUGUUCCUUAUUCUCAGUUUGUGAUCCUUGGAAGAAUAAGUUUGCACUGGUAAUUUAUUUUUCUGUUGGUUUAAGCGAUGGUCAUCUUCA